CCCUUUAAAAACCCCAUUAAACUUUUUUUGGUAACCUUUUCUUUCUCUUUUGCUUUUCAUGAUCCAAGCCUGAAACAAAAAGAAGACCCCAUUUCUAAGUCACCAUUUUCCAUCGCUUCUUUGCAAACUAAGAAGCUUAAACCCUUCAAAAACCCCAAAAAGAAGGAAAAAAAAAAGAGAAACAUCUUCAAAUAUACAUAUAUUUUAAAGAAGUUCUUUCUUGUUCUUGGUGAUGUCUACACCAGUAGAGCAGCAGCAGCCACCACCCGUAGGAGUAAGCCAACAAGCCUACACAGCCCAUACGGGUCACGGUUCGGUUGGACCCGUCAUAGCGGUUCUAGCAGUGAUCACAAUACUUGGAGUCAUAGCCGGUAUGAUUGGGAGGCUAUGUUCAGGGCGGCCUAUCAUGGGCCAUGGUCAGUACGAUUUUGAAGGUUGGGUUGAGAGGAAAUGCUCUUCUUGCCUUGACGGUCGGGUCGACCCUCCUCCUUCCCGGCCCACGGAGGAGAUGCCAGUUGCGGUGCCUGCAGAGGAGACCCAACAAGAGAUCAAAGAAGAAGACAUCGAACAAGCUCAAGUUCAAGGACAAAAGCAACAUGGAAGUAGCAGUGAAUCUUGAUUAUUAAUAUUCUUGGGUUUCUUUUUUUUUUUUUAUUGCCUUCAUGGUUAUACUCUCAUUGUAUGUGAAAAAAAUGGGAUUCUCUCUUCUUCUUUUUUUAAUUAGAUUUUUGUCAAUUUUUAAUGUUAA